AUGUUUGAUCCAACGCUUGUGUUACGGUUUGUUUUGAUGGCAGUAACGGCUGCUACAGGAGUGGGUGUGAUAAGUGCUGGUAUCACCGUCGGUGUAAUCGUUGCACAACAACAAGGAUUUUUACGCGAAUCUACUGUAGUCUUCAAGUCAUCAGCAGCAAUUGCCAUCAAUCGGUACAUUGAACCUUCCGAAGUACCAUUGUUUUAUGAUGCGGUUGAAACAAUGCUCGAAUUAGCUGAUAAUGUAAAAGAAGUUUUGCGAGACAAAUAUGGCGACAAGUUUGUGAACGUAGAAAUUGAAACAUUUUCCGCAACACCGAAUGUCACACUGAACGAUUCUCAAACUAGCCCACCGGAUACGAAAAGCGCAGCUUCUGACGUGGAAAGCAGUGACAUUAAUCUCAGAACACACAAUGCUGCAAAAAUAGAAGGCCAGCCGAAUUGUUCGCACAAACGCUUCGAAAUUGAUAAUUGCACAGAUUUCCCAGGCAGUAUAUUAGAAUGCGUCAAUCAGACAAUACCAGUGUACCAAUGCACGAAUGAAACAAUGGACACUAUCAAGUGUGAUGGCAAUAUUACACUAAGAAUACCACAUCACUGCUAUUCUGGAUCCAAUCAAACAUUACCAACGAAUCCAACAUUUCCAACUACUACAAGAAUUAGUAGCACUUCUACUCAAACUACUACAACCGCUCUCUCUGAGGAGAGCACGACAACGACUACCGCUGAGCAUAAAUGUGAAGCUCCAGCAAAUGCUACUGGUCAGCGAUCAAUUGUGUUCUCAAAAAUGUAUUUGUAUUUCAAUGCAAAACAAAGUGAUGCUCCUCUAGUUGAUGAUAUCGUCGCUGCAUUAAAAAAUAUAAAACCACCGAUUGUUCUCUACAAUGUCUGUCGAGCACCGAGUCCAGCUGCAGGAUCUUAUAAUAGCACAUUGUCUCAUGUCGCCAAACCUGAAAAGACCAAUAUUGAGUUAUCGGAAGUACAAAGUAAACCAAGCGUGUCAGACAAUUUGAAAGAUACCGUCAAUGCAGAAGCAGACGCCGCCAAAGAAAACAUCCUUCCACAUGACUCUACUGCAGCAAUCAAAUAA